AUGUUUGGUCUAGUCGCAGCAAUCACUAUCAUUCCAACAUUUGCGCAAGUUGCGCAUAAGUGUGACGGAAGCGUUAAUGAUACAGACAGAGAAGAUUUGAAGACUACGAUAUAUAACUACUUAGUUAAUGCUUCAAGCACGACCGAUUUUCCCUACUACUAUAGUUGCACAUACGAAUAUUGUGUAUACAACCCGGAGAACUGUACCGAAAUCCUGCAGGGUGAAAAAGUUAUCAAUAGUAGCGUCAGCUUCUUUACUCCUCCUGGUGGUGAAGGCGAUGUCCGCAAAGCUGCCAAGACCAUAUUUGACCAGUUGCGGAGAUAUUUGGAAUUUAAAAAUGUCACCUGGGGUUGCGACUUGAAGAACGACACGGAAAUAUCUGAGCAAAAGAUACGGAAGGAACAAAAGGAACAGAAGCUUAGGAAUGGAAACUGCUUUUUUACACCUACGCUACUGGCUUAUUCAUUGGCCCUUGAAAAGAAACAAUAUAAUGGAUAA